UGCAACUUAACGACCGGCAGCGACUCGGUCAGCUGGUUGUUGCCUGUUUUUGGAUUUCUAUUUUCUCUAGAGUUUUGUCCAGCAGCUGAAGAUUGAUGAAAACUGAAGGUAAAGAUGUUUAUGCUGCUGAUGACCAUCCUGCUGGUUUCCCAGCCUGCUUCAGGUGCGGAGUUGAAAGAGGUCCGUGAAGGGGCAGAAUAUGUUCUGUUGCCCUGCUCAUUCAGUCUGUCUGAUUUGGGCAAUGCCAUCGUGGUGUGGAGUCGCAACGACCUCAAUCCCCCGACGGUUCACCUGCGUCGUAAGGAAGGCAACGACUUCCACAACCAAAACCAACAGUACAAAAGCAGAACAUUCAUGCAGGAAAAUGCUCUGGAAACCGGAGACCUGAGCCUGAAGGUGAGAAAACCCGAACUCACCGACAGCAGCACCUACACCUGCACUGUGCGCAGUCUUGGGGAACAAGUGGGCCAGAUGGAAGUUAAGCUGGAGGUCCUGAGGAGUCAAGGAGUUCCCACCUGGGUCACAAUUUUUCUAGUCAUCCUGACUCUCGUCAUUGCUGCCGUUGUGGGGGUCGUUAUUCAUUUCAGGAAGCUUUUACAGAAAGUUCCAAAAGUUGAAGUGAACUCAGAGGUGGAGUCUGUCCUGCUGCCCUGCAUCACCAUCACUCACCUUCCAGAGGACAGCAGAGUGGAGUGGACGGACAGCAAAGGCAGGAAGGUCCAUGUGUACGAUAACGGCAGCGACCGGCCUGAGCUGCAGCACUGGUUUUACACGGAUCGAACAACGAUGAAGAAACGGCUGCAGAAGGUCGCCUUCCUCUGUCUGACACUGAAAUACCCGACGGACAGAGACAGCAAGACCUUCACCUGCACCGUCUACAGCCGGACCAAAACUGUGCUACUGAAGAAGCAGGUGGAGCUCCUCGUCAUAGUCCCAGAGGUCAAGGUGGACUCAGGGAUAGACGCUGUUGUGCUGCCCUGCAAAACCAAAAUCAAUCUCUCUAAAGAGCUCACUGUAGAGUGGUCCUGCAACGACGUCUGGGUCCUGAAGGUGCACGUGUUCAAGAACGGUUGUGAUCGUCCGGAAGAACAGAGUCUGUUUUACAGAAACAGAACCAAGAUGAACAAAGACCUGCUGGAAACCGGAGACCUCAGUCUGACGCUGAAACACCCAACGGACAGAGACAGACAGACAUACACCUGUACGGUCUACAGCAGAGACGGGAAAAUCCUCAUGAAGAAACAAGUGAAGCUUAAUGUUGAAGACUGUGAGGUGGAGGUGGACGAGGGGACAGAGUCUGUCGUGUUGCCCUUCAAGACCUCAGGUGAUAUGUCAGACAUCAAUGUGGAGUGGUGGCGUUACGAGCCUGAACCGCCAAUGACGGUCCACAAACACGAGAACGGCUGUGAUCAGCCCGAAGAUCAGCACCAGCUUCACAGAGACCGAACUGAGAUGAGUCCAGAAAAUGGAGACCUGAGUCUGACCCUGAAGUACCCAACGGACAGAGACAGUGGGAGCUACAUCUGCAGGGUCAACAGCAAGCAGAACAAGAGGAAGAAAACCGUGAUGCUCAGAGUUGUCAACCAGCAAGUGCAGGUGGAGGAAGGGGCGGAGUCUGUGCUGCUUCCCUUCAAAACAACGCCUGACCUACCCGAAGACGCUAAAGUUGUGUGGUGGCAGCUUGACCCGGAACAUAUGAAGAUCCAUGUGUAUCAUAAUGGCUCUGAGCGACCUGAAGAACAGAACCACUCGUACAGAACCAGAACAAAGAUGAACGAAAACCUGCUGAAAACUGGAGACCUCAGUCUGUCUCUAAAGCAGCCCACAGAUAAGGACAACGGGAAGUACAGAUGUGAGGUCUACAGCGAGACGAGGGGAAGCAGGAGGGAGAAAACCGUCAUGGUCAAAGUUAGAAAGAGAAGCCAGACUCAAACUGUGGACAAAGGAAACGCCACUGAUCCCACUCCUCUGCUGGCUCAACAAUCAGUUUGAUUGGUUUGGUAGUUUAUAUCCAAAUUUGGUUAUCUCGGCUUAAAGUUCUGUCUGAGUGACUUUGUCCUAAAGUCUAAAGUCGUCGCCCUGUCUUUGUCUAGUUGUUGUUGAUGAGAGACAAUGGUGCAGGUCAGAAUUUCCCAUCAACAUGAUCAUGCUGGAAACAGGAUGUCCUCCUAGAGUUUGUUGGUGUCCAGAAACUUGACCUGCAUAAUUUAUCUUCUUGUGGACUGAUAAUUCAGAGCUUAAUGUUUCUCUGAGAAACAUGGUUCAUUAACUGCUCUCUCACUAUCCUUUGCUCAUUUUAAAUGAGUUUGGUCACAUUAUUGUUGCAAUGAAAUUCUUCUUUGAUGUGACGAUUCAUCUCAAACAGCUGCAAAAAAUCAUGAGAAAUGUGUUUUCUGUGAUAUAAGAAAAAUGAGAAAUUAAACUGUGAAAAGCAUGAAAGGGUACAAUUGCUGACUUACAGCAAAAACAGUUUUGGAUUUGGAUCCUGCUUUGGUUCUUUUUGCAUGGAGUUUGCAUGUUCUCAGUAUGAAUGUGUGGCUCUUUUUCUCACAGUCCAAAAACAUGUUAAUGGUUGAUGACUUUCUGAAACCACAGGAAAUGCUGUAAAUACUGAAAUGGAAUGUUCUCUUGCUAAAAAAAAAUAAAUAUGAAAAAAAAUUCUUUGUGAUGAGGAUAUGUUGAAGGUAUUGUUGGCUUGAAACUGGCAAAACAAAAAUGGUCUUGGUGAACUCUCUUAUUUUCCCCUAAAGAUCCUCAUAUCAAGAAAAAUGUCUCAGACUGAAACUGGAAACCUGGCUCAGAAAACUCCAACCUGAGGAGCACCGAUACCAUACAUUUCAUGCCACUGACAAAAGACAUUUCUGGAUGAGUCAGCAGUCAGAUCAUUGAGGUGGUUAUGUUUGUGAGCAUAAUGUUUCUCAGGUUUCUCGUGUUUUGUCACACCAUGAUUACCCAGACGUUUCUAUGUCCAAGAGAAACAUCUGCUGAUGUCUGCAGAUUCUCUUAU